GAAAUCGAGAAGCGGCCGCCUAGAAUUCUUGGACGCCUACGCCUCGCAUCUACGAUGAGCGACAUCAAGGACAGAUUCGCCAACGGGCGCCAGCGGCAACGCCACAGCGCCGGGCCCGCACGGCGACGGUCUCAACGCGUCGGAUCACGUCACUCGUCGGCGAGCCCCGAGCGCCAGUCGAAGCGACGGCGAGACGCUCCAGAGCUCGAGCCGCACUUUCGGCGGAGUCACGCAGCCGCGACGUCCAGGGCGAGGUCAUCGACUGACGGCUCUCCAGCGGAGUCGACCGCGGGAGCUCGCGGCCGCCAUCGCGCCGCCGCUUCACAGGCACCAGGUGCGGUGGCCCGAAAAGACAGGAAGCAGUCACUUCUGCGAGGACAGCGCAACGUCAGCCCUUCCAGGGCGAGGUACGAGAUGGGCGACACCACGUGCUAUGUGGCCAAGGCAGGCGACUUUGAGGAGCAGCACUAUGGUCCACCCACUGUCCCUCCGAGCGUGCAGAGCGAACGGCGCCCUGUGCCGAUGGCCCGACGCCGACAGCAGCCUUCGACGGCGCCGCCCGAGCGUGAUGUAGGGGUAGGCGGUGCUGCGGACGGCGUGAACUCGGAUCGCUGGCCCAAUUCGAGUUCGGUCACCGUCGAGGUAAAAUGUCGCGGUGCGCCCCGACCUGCCGAACGCCGCAGCUCAAUGGCGCCGAGCACCGCUAAGCACGGCAGGUCGCUCUCCCCGAGGGAUCUUGCCGCAGCAGACGCUGCAUCUUCCAUAGAAAUAUCUUCAGCUGUGGCCCUUUCACCUGUCUCCCCGGGAAAGCGUGCGGUCAACAUUGACAUUGAGUUCAGUAAGCCAACCGCGGCGGGAAGCAGCCAGGGGAUGCUUUUGCGAUCCAUAUCGAUGAACGUGGAGAAGAUCAUCGGACGGCUGCUUGCUCCGCCGCGUUCCGACAGCCGCAGCCAGCUCGUCAGGGGCCUUCCAGGACCCCCGAGAGGUCAACCGGUCUGGGAUCCUUAUGCUAGGGCAUGGCGAGUUCCAAAGGCGAGCAAGCGACGGCAGUCCACAGGCCGAGGCGAAGUCGGCGGUCAAAUUCCGACUGCGGAUGCUCACGCUCGCUUUACGGCGAUUUCCGAGGACACCAGGCCACGUGCCGGCGCGCCCGUUGAUGAGAGUGGCGGAGUUGCCCCACCCAGCGACGAAUUGCUGAGACGAGAAAUGAUGGAAGGAGUGCCUAGCAUUCUGGACAGGAUGGAAGACUCGCUAGCAGACCAGGUCAAAGCAGCGGAAACAGCCGCCGCUGUAAGAAGGGCUUCUGGCAGAGAGUCUCUGAAGUACGAAACUGCGGAGGGUGUUCAGGGAAUUCUGGACACGAUGGAAGAGUCACUCGUGGACCAGGUCAAGGCAGCGGAAGUAGCUGCCGCUAUCAGAAGGGCUUCUGGUGGAGAGUCUCUAAAGCGCGGAAUUACAGAGGAUGUUCAGGGAAUUCUGGACAGGAUGGAAGAGACUCUCGUGGACCAGGUCAAGGCAGCGGAAAUAGCUGCCGCUAUCAGAAGGGCUUCUGGUGGAGAGUCGCUAAAGCGCGGAACUACCGAGGAUGUUCAGGGUAUUCUGGACAGGAUGGAAGAGUCGCUCGCUGCUCAGGUAGACGAUGAUGUAAAGAUUUUUGCAGAGGACAAGAGAGAGAGACCUAAACGCAGGAAAAAAGGCAAGGCCGCGGCAGCAGACACCGAGAUUACUUCUACUGGCGCGACAGAAACGACGAAGAAGAAAAGAAAAGCUAGGAAGUAUGCCCAUGAAGAAGAGAAAACGGAAGUGGACGAAACCACACUGAAGUCAAAACGCCGAAAAUCCGGCGUUAUAGAGGCGGUGUCUUCGACUGGUACUGGCGCAGAGAACAAAAGAAACAAGGGGAAAAAAUCUGCCCAGGAUGAAGAGAAAACGCAAACGGAGGGAACGACGCUCUCGACAAUGCGCCGAAAAUCCAGUGCCACGGGAGCGGCUUCUUCCGGUGCUGCCGGGAUGAAGCAGAGAAAGAUGUCGAAGCAGGCAGAGAAGACGCUGAAGAAAGAAGGCGAGGAACAGGGUGACGCUGAAGUCUCUUCACCUGGAGCCGCCAAAAAAAAGAAAAAGAAGAAGUCGAAGAAACGCCAACAGCCGGAGGAUGACGCACUUCCAAAGAUAGCGGAAGCCGGAGUGCUAGAUGAUAUGGUUAAGGAGGAGCUCAAAAUUUUGGCCGCCGUUGAAGAGUCGCUUCCGGUUGAGGUAAAAACAGCGCCACUGGAUGUCGAUGGCCAAAAGCCUCCCGACGACGACUACUACCCAGAACGUCAUGCUGAAGGCGCGCAUGAUAUUUUGGUCGACAUGGAGGAGGCGCUGCUGAAAGAGAUCGAAGCAAUGGAACCGGCUAGCCCACACAAAGAGGCUCCCGGCGACGUUCCCAUCGGUCGUGAAAUUGAAGGGGCUCGGCAGGGUGCUGUGGACAGGAAACAGGCCGAGAAAGGGGAGACGGCGACUUACGCUGACUUGCCGCGCGAAGAAAAGCUUGGAACUGUGGCUUGGCCGGAGAAACCUUCUAAGCGUCACAAAAAGAAGCCGAAAGAUAGAGACGACAGUCGUCUAGUGGAGAGGACGGCUGUCAGUGCUCUGGACGUAGCGGAACGUGAUAAGGCCGUGGAGUCCAGGAUUGCGCCCUGGAAGACUCCAGAAGAGGGAUAUUACGGCGUGGACAAAGCUGCUGCCAACGCGACGGAAAGGCAGGCUGAAAAGGUGCCGGAAGGGGAAACGAUUACAGAGGUGGGAAAGAGUACGCUUGGUUCCGGCAAAGAAAGCGCGUCGAAAAAAGGGCACAAGAAAAAGAAAGCCGGCGGAAAGAAAAAGAAGUCCAAGGAGAAAGGCGGCACGGAAAAGAGCGCGCUUACAUCUGUAUCCGAGAUGCACACCGCGUCGCAGAGUGGAUCACCGAAGAAGGGGCACAAGAAGAAAGGAAAAAAGAAACGCAAGGAUAAGCGACAGCAGCCGAAGGGUUCCCCGAAAAAAAUGGAAGUGGAGACGGGUACGAUUGGUCAGAUUGCGCUCAAGCACCAGCGAGGUCUUCGAGGGUCGCGAGAAGAAAAGAAGCUCGACGAGCACACGGCAGCUGGAGACAAGACGGCCGAACUGACCUCGGAGCUUCCGGUGCCGAAGCACAGCAUAAUGAAGGGGUCUUCCGAUUCGAGAAGAAGGUCCAAACAGCUCGAGAGUUCGCGGAUGGAAGUCCUGCCAAGCGGACCUCCAGCUGUGCCGCCCACGUUCGACAGCGCUGCCGCGGGUGAAGAGCUCGGGCGCAAGGCAGCCAGAAGAAAAUCUAGGCAAUCGCCGAGUGUACCGGCCGGAGCGCAGGAGCUGGAAGAGUACCUGGAAGUCUUCGAAGGAGCCGCUGCAAUGCCGCUCAUGCUGCAGUCACCUGCGAGGCGGCGGUCUGUUUCUGCGCCCAGGAGUGCACUUUCACUGGAGGAGGGAGCCGUGCCUCGUGCGCCCGGUGAGGUGGACUUGGACACCGCCACCGCUCGUCGUGUGGCGAAGCUUAAGAAGGCCCUCAGGGUGAAGCAGCGCAAGGAACCAGAGACCGGCACCGCUGAUGAGACCACGUUCAAGUGGUCCACGUCGACCACGGCGAGCUUCGUACGCGAGAUGUUCUUCUCCACGCAUCGUUGGGGCAUGAGCUCGCCUCCGACAUGCGAGCCGUCCCGCGGGAUGAAGUGGUCCACCAGCUACAUAGGUCGUCGAGGCUCAAUCUUCAGGCCCACUCCGUCGCUCGUCCCGUCGCCGCCUGCGCCCGGUCGACGGGCCAGCAUUGUGCGCAUUUGUCCGCAGAGCAUCUCCCUCAAAGAGAGCAGGCCGCCCAAGCCGUCCCACGCGAAAAAGAAAAAGAAAAAGAAAAAGAAGAAACACAAGGGCAAAAAGUCGGUGCUCGCGCCGGCCGGCGCGCUGACGAGCGCGCCUGCCACGCCGUUCGUUCAGAGCCCGACGAGCGGGUCGCCCGCCGUCACGUCCCUCGGCACUAGCCAAACGGCAUCGUACGCGGAGCCGCUGCCCGCCGCAUCCUCGGCUGCAUUGCAGCACGACGCCACAGGAACCCCCGUAAGCGCAUCAGUCGGGCAGCCCGUUCCAGCAAAGGCCGAAGCUCCGCCACCAGCACAAGGGCACAAGAAGCACAAGAAAAAGCACAAGAAAAAGCACAAGGAAAAGGGCAAAAAAGGCUCGAAGUCUCACGCGAAAGGCGAGAAAGCCGGCUCGAAGGCGAAAAGGAGACACAGCAAGGGGAAAGCGGCCGCUGUUUCACCAACGGGAGUUCAGGCAGUGCCGAUAAUAGUCGCGGAGCCCAGUGUUACCGUGCAGCCGGUGGCCGAGGUGGCUCCGCGGCGUCCAUCACAGCCGGAAGGCCCCGGAGCAGACACGGCGACGACCGGCCUCGAUCCUAAAAUGACCCAGAUGCUGGCAGCAGACGUGCCCCCGUUAGUGGCAGCGGAGGGAGUCGCGGUUGGGGAAGAGACUGUGGCCAAAGGACCCGAGAAACCAGAAGACAAAACUCAUUCGAAAAAAGGCAAGAAGUCUAAGAAAAAGGGCAAGAAAGGCAAGAAGUCUAAGGAAAAGGGCAAGAAAAGCAAGAAGUCUAAGGAAAAGGGCAAGAAAAGCAAGAAGUCUAAGGAAAAGGGCAAGAAAAGCAAGAAGUCUAAGGAAAAGGGGAAGAAAGGCAAGAAGAGAAAGAAGGGCAAGAAGGGCAAGAAGGGCGAGAAGAAAAAAAGGAAAGGAAAAAAGGGCGCCCGUAAAGGUGCAGGUGGAGUGGUCGUGGAGCACAAGGAGGGCAACACGGCGCUCGUCGCCUUCUGCUGGCUGCUGCUGGCCGUGUGCCUCAUCAUGAUCGCCAUCCUGGCUUUCUAUUUCAUCAUCGCCAAGGAACCGCCUCAGCCGGAGGAUACAACGGUGCUAUCCACGCUGCUGACGCCUAUCGUAACGUGGGAGACAACUUUAAGCAGUCGACCGCCCACCGGAGGAGCGGGAACGCCUAGCACAGAGCCGGGUAGACAGACGACCCCUGCGAAACAGCCACCGCUACCACAGCCACCACAACCACCGCUACCGCUGCCGCCACCGGGGGUAACGAUGGGCGCCGGCGUGUACGAGUGUUCGACGUCGUUCUGCAACAACGAAGCGGCCUACCUCGGUUCGUUGGUGGACCACGCGAAGACACCUGCGUGCGUCAACUUCUACAAGCACGUGUGCGGUCGUUGGGCGGAGGUCCAGCGCGUUCCGCGGGGCCCCGGCGCGUUCGUCUCGACCGACAGCCUGCUGCAGGACGAGCUCCUGCGCGGGUUGCUGGCGACCGCCAAACUCUCGAAAGAGCCGGACAUCAUCCACGCCACCGGCAUCUAUGAAGCCUGCACGCAGCGCAGCAAGGUGGCGCAAACGUCGGUAGAAGUCAUGCGUAAAUUGUUCAAGUCGUGGCAGAUCGGCCGUUGGCCUCUCGAAGCCAACGGCGUCCCCCGGGACCAGCGUGCAGAAGCGAUGGUGUGGCGCUUCGCCGCCGAACUGAUGGUGGAUCUGGGUGUCGCCACUCUCGUGACCGUGGACGUGGGCGCGGAUCCCGACAGGCAUCCUGACCUAGACGCCCGCGCGGACGCGCAUUGGCGUCCCAUCCUCCAGUUGGAUCGCCCCGAACCGCUGUUCACAAGCCGCGCAAUGGCCGAACCCGACGUCAAGCAGAUGGUUAUCGACGGCUUCGAGGAAGCCGUCGGAGCACUGGACACCACGGUAACCGGAAAGCCGCCAGCGACAAUGAGCAACGGAGUAGCCUCCGUGUUCCAGCUGGUGAGCAAUGUGAAGCUCGACGACGCGCGCAACUACCAACCAGUGAACGUGACGGAUCUCAUCUCGGGCCUGCGUACCUUCCUCGGGGACUUGUUUAGCUACGACGACACGAGCAAGUGGCGAGUGCUGCUCCCCUCGCCCAAUUACGCCACCACAGGCCUCAAGACUAUCGUCGAGUCGGUCGCUCCCGUCCACCUGCUUAACUACAUGGGCUUCCUGGCGUUGAUCCGGAUGGCGGCGUACAUACCCGGGCAGUCGCAGCAGCCGGACCACCUCCACGCGCUGUUCUACCACAGCGUGACGGGCCGCUCCAUGUUCGGCACGAGGGACGUGUCCCUGAUGUGCUUGCUCUCCACCGAGCGGCUGCUGCCCGGCUGCUUCGCUAAGGCGGCGCUCCAGCGCCUGCGCGCGGAAGGCGCCGACCUGGUGGCUCGCCACUGGAUCUCGCAGCUCGUGGACGCCUUCACGCACAACGUGCGCGACCUGUCCUGGAUAGACGACCUGUCCGCGCUGCUGGUGCGCUACCGGCUCAAGCGGCGCUCCAUCGCCAGCCUCACGGCGUACGUCGGAGGCGAAUGCGUGCCGUUCAGAUCCCCGCGUGUGGACAGUGCGAGUCCGCUGGGCCACUUCCACGAUGUGGCCAAGCUGCAACAGCGAGCCCUGCUAGAGGGGAUCAGCGGAGGAAACGCGGUUCCGCACAGGUACCCGCAGCUGUCCGAGAUGCACCCGUACGCGGCGUUCGACGUGUCGCACAGGUACGUGCGGGUUCCGUCCGUGCUCUUCAACCACUCGGUGCCGACGAACAGCACGGCGUUCGCGCUGCACCUGUCGCGGCUGGCGACGCGCCUCUACCAGGCGCUGGUGCGAGUGCUCUUCGACGACCCGUACGAGCUGGUCGCGCCCAUCACCGAGGUCGCCAACAUGCGCCUGCGCGCGAGCGAUCUGAGCCGCUGCCUGUCGCGAGACGCGGCGCGGGCCUACGGCUCCGACGGGAACCUCUUCGCCGCCAGCGACGUGGAGAAGGACCUGCUCUACCGCUCCACGGCGUUGGUGCUGGCGCAUAGGGCGUUUCGACAGCUGCUCCCCGUGCGGCGCAUCUGGAACAUGGACUUCCGCUACAGCGGUCUGCCCGGUCGUUCGUCCGAGCAGCUCUUCUUCCUGUACUUCGCGCUGGACCACUGCGAGGAGAGCGACCAGGCGCACCACGCGCAGCGCGCGCACGCGCUCACGCCCGAGCACGCGGUCAACCUGCCGCUGCGGGGCACGGACGCCUUCGCCGAGGCCUUCAACUGCCGCGACGGCUCCGUCUCCGUUCCGCAGGGUGGACCGCCCUGUCGGAUACUGAAGGCAGGCUACAGCAGGUCGAGCCGACGCAGCGGACAGGGCGGUCGCCGCUUCCGGAACAAGACCCGGCAGCACAGCGGCCUCUCCUCCUUGCUCGAUAUGCAACUAACGCUCGGCUAGAGACGGCGCCGCUUUCACCUGAGGCGCUUAGUUUCAAUGCGCCUUGCGAAUGAAGGGACGACCAUGUGCACGCGCGUUCCUCAUCGACGUCGCGUGGGAAACUUGCCCUCGCACAUUGCAUGACGCGUUUUUCACGUCAGCUUCUGCUAAGGCUGUUGACGUGUUUCCUGUGGCAUAUAUUUCAUGUCGCCGCUUUUUCUUUAUUUUUUUCCUUUCCAUUUUUGGUAAUACCGACUCAGUGCGGGCCAAUCGAAAAGGGAAAGCUGAUUACAUUGAAUGUCCGCACAACGAUUUUAUGUUCGUGGUAAACGAGUGAAUAUCAUUGCAACGAGGACAUGCUGUUUAGAUUGUGUAAUAAAACUGCAUGUAUGAACCGUUUAA